GACCCAUACCAAUUAUAUUUUACUAGCGGCACAUCAGGUAAGCCAAAGGGCGUGAUGCUUACUCAAGAGAUCGUGAGCCGCCAUGCUGUCGGUGCCAUAACGGAGAUGCGACUAUGUCAUCAAGAUGUAUGGCUGCAUGCUGCACCAAUGUUCCAUCUUGUGGACGCUUUUGCAAUCUAUGCGGUCACUGCAGUUGGAGCUAGUCAUGUUAUACAACCUACAUUCGAAGCUUUUGCAACUCUAAGAGUCAUUGAAACGGAGUGUGUGACUGUCAUGAACGUCGCUUCAACAAUGAUUUCAUUGUUGGUCAUUAAUCCAUCUCUGCGUGAUGUGGAUGUGAGCUCAUUGCGGCUAGUAAGCUGCGGUGGAAGUCCCUUGGCAGAGGUAUAUAUAAAGCAAGCAAUUUCUGCCUUUGGUUGUGAGUUUUUUAUGUCUUAUGGCAUGACUGAGUGUUGUGGAAAAAUCGCUAUGAGUCUCCUCAGCAGAUCACAACGUGCUAACUGUAGUCUUGAAACCCAAUUUAGGACUGUCUGUACGUCCGGUAGGCCCUUUGCACCUCAAGAGUUGCGUGUUGUUGAUAAAAACGGGGAAAAUGUUACCAAGGGUGAUGGUGAAGUGGGUGAAAUAUAUGUCCGGGGACUCACUGUUUUUGAUGGCUACUGGCACGAAUUAGACGUCAAGAAAGUUGUCAUUGACGAAAACGGAUGGUUUAGAACAGGCGAUCUAGCAACGAUUGAUAUGUUCGGAUACAUUCAGAUCGUUGAUCGAAAAACAGACAUGGUCUUAGUCGGUGGAGAGAAUGUGUACACCGCAGAAGUUGAGGCAGUACUAUGUGCACAUCCUGCGGUAAAUCAAGCAGCAGUAUUCGGAGUUGACAACGAGUUGCUCGGUCAGAUUGUCCACGCAGUCGUUGUUCUGAAAGCAGAUUUCGAUAAGUUAAUCGAUGAAACUGUCUUACUAAAGCAUGCACGUGAAUAUUUGUCUGCGUUCAAGGUGCCUGCGGUAUUGAAUAUCGUGGAAGCGUUUCCAACGAGCGGAACAGGAAAAGUUCUUAAGAACGUGCUUCGA